AUGCGUCAACGUACAAGACACUUGAAGAUCAAAAAGUUUUGUCAGACGUGUGUUUUCACCUCGGAAUCUCAAGGCGGUACAGGGUUUUUCGAUGCAGUGACUGCGUAUAUCACGGUCCAGGCAGAAGAAAAACAAUCACGUGUGGAGGUCGACAAGUCGGUGCAAGUCAUUGCACGUAUUGCUGCACGAACGCUGCAAGUGGCGGCCAGAGAAGAGGAAGCACAAGGACGAGAUGCUGGUCUGCUAUCGCAAUUUGUAAAGAAGUUGUUGUUGACACCGUCAGCAGUGACGUGUCCACUUACGAGUUACGUUACAAUGACAGCAUUGUCAAUCAAGACCAUUCUCGCGAUGCAACAUUUUGAAUGGCGGGACUUUUUUGGGCACGUGUAG